AUGGCUUUGGUGAGAAGUCUCUUUGUUGCAAAGAAGAUUUUUGGAGGCUCCUUAGCAGGAACGAGGAAAUCAACUUCAGCACCAAAAGGGUUUCUUGCGGUGUACGUCGGCGAAAACCAGAAGAAGCAGAGAUACUUAGUGCCAGUUUCUUACUUGAAUCAGCCUUUGUUUCAAGCUCUUCUCAUUAAGGCCGAGGAAGAGUUCGGAUUUGAUCAUCCGAUGGGCGGUUUGACGAUCCCUUGUCCUGAAGAUACCUUCCUCACUGUAACUUCUCGGAUCCAAGGAUGA